AUGGGCGUCUGUUCCUUCAUUUUCCUGGUUAUAUUUGCCAUCAUCUUACCGCCCAUCGCUGUCCUCAUGUUAGCAGGCUGCGGGCCAGAUUUCCUCAUCAACAUCAUCCUCACACUCCUUGGGUAUUUCCCAGGACAUCUUCAUGCGUUCUACCUCAUCGGCGUGUAUUAUUACCGUCGGGAUCAGAGGAGGAAUGGGAUUUUUAUCAGCCGUGGUGCGCCGGGGAUUUUCAGUCGGAGGGUGCAGAGUGGCGGCUUGCCUUAUUGA